AUGUCGUUCACGGUUGUAACUGUUAAGAUAACGACUGAUGAUGUCCACAAGGACGAGUAUAUUUUUUACGGGGAGAAUCUCCCGACUCCGCUGACUGAGCAGGCGCUUCUGAAGUCACUGAUUAGGAAUUCGCCUGAGAAGUACAGGGACUCUUUGAAGAAUUGCGAGCUUGAGAUCAAACGGAAAUCUAAGAAGAGUAAGCGCUAUGUUUUGUUGAAGACAGCUGAAGAUUUUGCCGCUCUUAACCGUAGUCUCCAGGUGAAGAAUUGUUUGAAGCUUGAUAUUGUUUGUGGCAAGCGGAAGGAGGAAGUGUCUAAAGAUGUUGGAGCGGCAGCCGAAUUUGCGGGUGUAGCUCCUUCGAUCCCACCUUCGACUGCAGAGACUUCCGCCUCUAGUUCCACUUCGUCAGCUCAACCCACAGAUGAGCCUAGUCCAGGCAAGGCCAAGGACUUGCCCUCUCUCAUCAAAAUCUUUGAAGAUCUGGUGGAUGAUGAAUCCAGUUCAAAGAAGUUUUUCGAUCAUUAUUCCAAGCUGUACGAGAAGAAAGGUCAUCCUUCAAUUCCCGAGUUCCUGGCUUCCCUCGUCAACAUCAACGAUCUCGGAACCAUAAUUUCGGACAAUCUGCUGAACUCGGACUUCAUCAAGAAUCUUGCCAAGCUGUUUGAGGAGCAGUUUGCAUCUGCUAAGCCCGAACUUGGUGAACUCUACAGUGUGAAUGGAAUUUUCGUUGACUCCGAAAAUGAGUCUGCUCCAGUUCAAUUUAGAUGCUCCAAAUCUCCCAAAAACUCAAAGGUCGAAAAGAUCACCAGUCCACCCUGGCCAGCUCCAGCUGAGAUUCAUCGCGGGUUCUACUGUGACGGGUGUGUUACUCCUGGCUUUGAAAAUGGAAAUUACAUCCACGGUGUCAGAUAUCACUGUCUUGAGUGCAAGGACUUCGAUCUCUGCGAGAAGUGUGAAAAUGAUGGUGUUGCUCAAGGAUCACACAACGAUACACACUUGAUGGUGAAGAUCAAGAAGAAUUUGCAUAAAUGUGAGCUCAAUGCCAUGUACAUGGCCAGGCUUGAGGAUGACGGUUACAAGACGUCGCGUGCUCCAAAGAAGGGCGGGCCUUACAAGAAUAACGCGUUCACGUUCGAUUGGGACUUUGAGCAGGCGAAAUCGGGAAUGCGCUCCAGCUCUGCUGACCGCAAGGAUUUUGACCUGGCAGCUGCCACUGAUAUGUUUGCUGAUCUCUAUCUUGAAAACAACAUUGGUCUCGCCCAAGAUCUAGUCGAUCUAGGCAGCAACGACGGAGCUGGUUUGAAGUCGUUGAGAGCUAAGGCUGCGAAGUAUGAUGCGAUCCAAGCUGAAGCCAAGGAGACGUCUAGUGUUUCUGAAGAAGAUGAAAAGGCCCAAGAUACGCAGCUAGAAAUUCCAGCCGUCCGUGAAGACAUUAAAGAAGCUGAAGCUGACGCUGAUGUCGAUGCCGAUGUCGAUGUUGAUGCUGAUGCUGAAGCUAACGAAAAGUCAAUUGAUUUGCAACCUUCAAGUGAACUUACGGGUGAUUCAAGAACAACUUUAAAGGAAGUCACAGAUGCUGCGGAAGAAACGACCGAUUCGAUCGCUGUCUCGGCGGCCGAACCUGUGACUGAAACCGAGGCCGAGGUCGAUGAGCUCAGCAGCUUUGAUGGCGAUAAUGGCGCUGAAGAGUACUGUGAACUGACAAUGUCCGAUACCGAGGACUAUGAGUUGUUGUCUGAACGCGAUGUUGAGGACAUGUGA